AUGGGAGAUAACAAUACAACAAGAAAUGAAAGUGGAGGCGAGGAACGAAGGGGACGGAAGAGGCAGGAACGAAGGGGACGGAAGAGGCAGAAACGUAGGAGACGGAAGAGGCAGGAACGAAGGGGACGGAAGAGGCAGGAACGUAGGAGACGGAAGAGGCAGGAACGUAGGAGACGGAAGAGGCAGAAACGUAGGAGACGGAAGAGGCAGGAACGAAGGAGACGGAAGAGGCAGGAAAGUAGGAGACGGAAGAGGCAAGAACGUAGGAGACGGAAGAGGCAGGAACGUAGGAGACGGAAGAGGCAAGAACGUAGGAGACGGAAGAGGCAAGAACGUAGGAGACGGAAGAGGCAAGAACGUAGGAGACGGAAGAGGCAAGAACGUAGGAGACGGAAGAGGCAGGAACGUAGGAGACGGAAGAGGCAAGAACGUAGGAGACGGAAGAGGCAGGAACGUAGGAGACGGAAGAGGCAGGAACGUAGGAGACGGAAGAGGCAAGAACGUAGGAGACGGAAGAGGCAAGAACGUAGGAGACGGAAGAGGCAAGAACGUAGGAGACGGAAGAGGCAGGAACGUAGGAGACGGAAGAGGCAAGAACGUAGGAGAUGGAAGAGGCAAGAACGUAGGAGACGGAAGAGGCAGGAACGUAGGAGACGGAAGAGGCAAGAACGUAGGAGACGGAAGAGGCAGGAACCUAGGAGACGGAAGAGGCAGGAACGUAGGAGACGGAAGAGGCAGGAACGUAGGAGACGACAAAUCUAA